UUGUAAAUAACAUGUUGUUUGUUCAUGAUUUUCAUCAAGAGAACCAAGCGCCUCGACUACACAGUUUAUCCAGUGCUGAGCAAGCAUCAGCCUCGGGAAUCCAACCGUUCUGUGAAGGGAGAAACGUUGAUGAAUAUUUCAGUUGAUGGUAACUUGUCUGAAAACUUUGUUGCCGCUGAUUUCUUCAAUUAUAUUAUAUUGUUGGAAUCUUCAAACCCCUCUAUGAAAGCCUUGGAGAACUGGGUGAGAAAUGAACCCGGAGGGGCAAAACAAUCCCACGCCGCAGAGUUUGCUUGCUCACUUAAAGGGCAAAGUACAGAGUGGAAGAAGCAAGAAGAAAAAACCAGAAGGGCGAUCAAACAAGUGGUAAAAUGGGACAUCACCAAGGAGAACCCACUGGGUGCAGUUGUGUUGCCCCAAGCAGAUUGUAUAGUCACUCUUUAUUACUUGGAGCUAGUUAGCAAAGAUCACAAUAUGUAUAUAAACCUUCUAAAGAAAUUGUUAUCCCUUCUGAAGAUUGGAGGUCACCUGAUCUUAAUGGCACUGAUCAACAUCUCUUAUUACACGGUCGGCCAACACAAGUUUGCUGCACUGAAGUGCAAUGAAGAGUUCAUACAAAAGGCUCUGACAGAAGCCGGGUGCAGUAUCUUGAGCUCUGAAACUCACAAAAGGGACUUUAAAUCACUUUUGAGCGAUUAUGAAGCAAUUACCUAUUUUGUGUGCUGUAAAGAAAAGGCGGUUUAACUGGUCAGAGUCAUACCCACUUGCAGUUAUAUUUCUCUCAUUAAUAAUUGCAUUAAAUUUGUAAUGUUAUAUCUAUUCUUGUCUAGUCUAGUCCCUAUUGCAUAAAAUGUUCCCAAUUUUUGUGAAAUUAUAGGGGUGCCAUCAUCAAAAUGUAUAAAAACAGUGUGUAAUGUUUGAAUCUGUAUUGUUUU